AUGAGUCACAGGGACUUCAAUUUCGGUCCGCCAAUCAGCUUUGCUUCGUUUUUCGUGAACAGCUUGAAUGUUAGUUCUCACGAAAUCGAAAUUUUUUCUACUGUUACAGAUUUAAAAUUCCGGAGACCGGAGGGCGUAGGAGAAAUGAGUUCUACGACGACAUAUCGCAAUAUUUGAUUUUUUUUUUCAACUUUUACGCGCGAACUAACAUAUUUGGAAAUGUUGGGCAUUUUCCGACACACUGAAACGUCUCCGUGAUUGACGGCUGAGGCUUAGGGCCGUACACCCAAAUUUGUGGACUAUAUCGCAGCGAGAGUAACGCUAUACCGCGGGGAAGCCGCGAGCGAUAUCGCUCGCCUCUCGCUGCGACCUCGCAAACGUCUUGCGCUAUAUCGCUCUUUGAAAAAUUUUUCUUCAAAAUGUUUUUUUCUUGAAUUUGAUUGAUUUCAUCAUAAAAGUCAAAAAUAAAGCAAAAAAAAUGUUUUUCAAAUUUCAAAUUUUUAAGAGGGAGCGAUAUGGCAGCGACAUGUUGACGAGAUCGCAGCGAGAAGCCUUGGCUAUAUCGCGUGCGGCCCGCUGCGAUGUCGGCAAUUUUGUUGGGUGUACAUUCGCUACAACUAGCACCGCGAAAAUUUCAAACUCGCGCGUAAAACUCACUGUGAAACUUCUUAUAUUGCGAUAUAUCUUUGUAGGAAACGUAUUUUUUUCCUGGUGUCGUACGGAAUUCCAAUUAUGCCUAUUUCCCGUAAUGAUAUUAAACGAAUAACGCAUCAAUUAUGAAACCGCCGAAACUGCUUUGAACAUGUCAUGAGGGACUCGCUUUCCAAAAAGUAAUUACCUGUUUUUUUCUUACUUAACCAAAAAAAAAAACAAAAACUAUCAUAGAAAGUGUGUGCAAACGGUGGUAGUAUCAGAAUUUGAUGAUACUUUGUAAAAAGGCGCUUACGCAAAAUCUCGUGCGAAAUUCAUCAAAAAGGGCGACUUUUUGCGUCUUAGUCAAGAUAUGGUUUUAAUCAAAAUAUAGCCGGAAGUUUGAAUUCUAUCGGCAAAGUGAAGAAAGGUUUCGGCGUCUUUAAGACUCCAUAACUCCAGUAGAAGGCGAAAGCUGCUUUUUAAAUAAAUCUAAGUCAGCAUAUCCGAAACUAAAAAAUGUGUAUAUCUGAAACUACGUUGUCAAAAAUUUUCAUUUAGUUUUGAUACUACCGCUUUUUGCGAUCAUAAGAAAUGUAAGAAAAGCGACUCCUGCUGGGCUUCCAGGAAGAAGAAACCGAUGUUUCGGGGCGAGAAGUUUGGCCGCGACAGGACCACGAAGGACUGCCGUGCGACUGCUAUACCGACAGCCGUGACUGCACCACCUGCGAUUCUUCCUACGACACCACGCACAACCCCAUCGUAUUCCACCUUAUAUAUUCAAUUAUAAGGCUUUUUUCAGAGCUCGAGUACAACCAGAAGUUUCGCCUACAUGAGUGGCUCUCAAAAUGUGAGUCUACAACUUAUCCAGUCACACGGAAUUCCUGGGGUGAAUAGGGUGAGGGAGCGAGGCGUCAAAGUUUUUUAAUUUACAAAAAAAGUAAAUGCGCGCUCCGGAUAAAAUUACGUAACGACACGUCAUUCUACGCAGGCUUGUGCGUCAGGCCGGCCAUUUUUUCUUGAGACAUCGCUAUAUGGCCGGGCCGGGCUUGGAAAAUGGCCAUGGGGCCGAGGUGCUGACGGACCGGCCCUCUUACAAGCCUGAUCUUACAAAAUACGGUUUAAUAAUAGUUAAACGUUUUUUUUGUGAUAUUCUUUGGAAAUUGGCUGAACUUUCCUUUGAAGUACCUCAUGAGAAGCCUGAAAGUCGCACGCUUCUCUUUUUUUUAAAGCCGAAAUCUUCUUUUUCGUUUCUUGCGUUGUCGAAAGAAGCGUUUGAGGAGGGGUCUUCAAAUGGUAAAAAGUAGUUGAACAAUUUGAGCUCUCAGAAGCUUCAUUGGAUAAUCAAAGAGGGUCAUAGCCAGUUUUCAGUAAAAAUUCCAAACUGCAGCGUAAAAUAACAUUCGUUGUAAGAUCUUUCAACUAACCAGAGCAUUGCGUCGAACUGGCACAAUUCGCAAUUUUCAAAUGCUCACAGUUCCUCUGUUUCUGAAGUCGACGAGAUCGAGCUUGAUCAAGAGGUUCGUAUAAAGAUACCCUUCAAGACUCGGAAAUUAUUCAGUUGAGUCAAUUACUACGACAGGAAGAUUGUUAUUCAAACAGCUCUAUCAUAACGGGUAACUCAGGGCAAAAUGUUUGAUAAACUUUUCUGGGCUUAUGCACACCACUCACUGAAUUUCAGAAUAUUUCGCGCAUAGAUCUGAACGAUUUUGUUUUCGAAACUGUUGAAACGCUCAAAAAAAAGGGACAUGACAACGAGGAAAGUGCUUUUCUGGAGUUCCACAUGCUCAAUGAACUGAAAAACAGUAGAAAAUUUCAUCAAAGAGAAGUAUGCCCUUCCGGAAUCGACAAAAUAUACUAACUUUUCCUUUAUAGGUUGAAAAUCAGUUCAACUUAUUGGAGCUUCGAUUAUUAGGCGAGAAGUCUCUGAUAUCUAACUCGCUUUCUGAAAACACAGCGCUCCUUACACAGGUUUUUGAGUUUUUUGAGGAUCUUUUUUUUUUAAAUAAUCUUCUCAAAAAAGUCUUUUUUCUCAAUGAGUUUUCAGAUUCUACAAGUUGAAGCGAAGGUCAAUCAUCUACGCAAUCUUCUUUCAGACUGUGACGCUUUUUUGAGCUCUAUCCGGGUGAGCAACUUUGACGGUAAUCAUUAUUUAUUUUCUCAGAAAUCCCAGGAAAAUAUGACUGCAGUUCAAGAGUUCAAAAUUUAUCUCAAAAGAAAGGUUUGAGCUUUUUAUAUUAUUGGGAAGCUUCUGAAAAAAAAAAUGAUUUUAAGCUUUUUCUAACCAGGAAGCUCAUUUAGAGUCAAGAAAAAGUCUUUUUCCAGAUCUUCAAAAUUUCUGAGCAAAUUCAUAACCCAUUUCAAAUCUCAGAGGGAAAUUAUUUUUCAGGCUUUUCUCUUUUUUUUUUGCAAAAUUAUCAGAACAGUUCUGAGGGUGUGACCUCUUAUAACUUUCUGACUUGAAGCUUGCAACGUUUGUAAAGAAAGAGAAAGAAAAGGAAUGUGCACCUCCCGAAACGGCUGGUCGGAAAAUCGAAGAACUCCAGCAACAAAUCGACGAAAUCUUCCAGCGUGUCCAAACGGUUUCAAAUAGUUUUUCUGAUUUAUUGUUUCAAAAUGAAAAAUUUUAAUGCUGAAAACUUCCAGGAAAGGGAAUCGUCCCCAACAGCUCUUCAAGGGUAUCCAAUUUUCUCUUUAUCAUUUAUUCAAGAUUAUUUCAGGCCAUCCUCUUUGUCAGAAGAUUCUACAAUGAGCAGCACUUCUACUGGAGUAACUGGGCCUCGAAAAUAUCUCAACGACGAGGAACUCAGCGUCAGCACCUGUCGAUCUUUCGGUGAAAUCUUUUUCUUUCUUUUUUUCCUCAAACGACCAGCUUUUAAAUACUCCUUCUAUCAAUAGUUUAAUAUUUUUGAUCUUGUUCAAAAUGGGUUUUCUCGAUACUGAAUAGGAAACAUUUAUGUAUAUUCCGCCCGCCUUGACUUGACAGUUUUUCGCACUUUGUAAAAUUCUGAAAAACAAACUUACGGUAGCUUCAAUUUAGGAUUUUCAGAAGUUCUUCAAGACUCGACACGGUGCAGAGAGGUGAAGUUCAACUCAUCUAGCCAAUUUUUAUAA